AACACCGGGCCGUGCCAGCGUGUGUGCGCGCGCGUGUCUGUGUGUGUUCGCUUGGACUUCGCCGUGCGGCUCUCGGCGUCUCUGCGGUGACUGUUGACUGAGGGAAUGCGGCGGGCGGGCGGCGCGUCCGUGCGCGCGCGGCGGCCGUCGCUGGCGCGCUGACCACCGCGGCGCUAGCUAGGCGCUACGACGGGCUCCGCUGUGGCGUUGGCCGUUUAGGCGGAAAACCGCUCGAAGCGCAAGUUGCCAGAACGGCACCGGGGGCGUUGAGAGGGCGCAUCAGCAGGCCUUAUACAAACAUGAAGCCACUUAAAGGCUUGUUUAUGUUUGGGGACAUGAAGAAUUUAGACAAUCCUGUGGCACGUGUGGAAGCAGGGCGCAGGCAAGCGUGCAUGAGGACGUGGUAGUUUGAGAAUUUGUGAACCAGCAGAUGAGGAAGCUGCUGCUUCAGUGAGAGCCCUCCUGAUUGGAGAAAAGAGAAACUGACUAUCAGUAUGGACAGGCUCCAUCACGGAAUUUCCCAUAAUCCUUAGUCUCUGUGAGCAGCUGAGUCUUCUGACCCCUGCAUCGUAUCCAGCACCAGACUGACUACAUUGUCAGGUGAUCUAUCCUGUGUCAUGAUGAUGUCAGUAGAUGUGACCAAUCGUAAUGGCCCCACUGCCACACCUCCCACCUCACUCAGCCUUCGCUCCUCACACAAUCAGCUACUCAGCAGCAAUGUCAUCAAGCAGGGCUCUGCCACACCUCCCAAGUGUCGCAAAAAGUAUGCACUUACCAGUAUCCAGGCCGCCAUGGGCCUCGGGGAAGCAGCAUCACCCUCAUCAUCACCAUCAUCGUCCCCAUCACAAUCUUCAACUCCAAACAACCCUAAACUAGCCAAAAACGGGGUUAAUCAGCUUCGUAAAGCUGGUCAGGACCACAACAAAAACUCCACGGGCACUGAACUGAUGGACUUGGAGUGUGAUGCAGAAACUUUAGCAGAUGACGUCAAUGUCAAUGCAACAGAGGAACAUGACAGCCACUCUCUGACCAAUAAUGACAGAGAGGAGGAUUUCCUCAAAUUAGAUGUAAAACUGCAACCAGACACACAAGUGGAUGCCGAACCUGAGCCAAAAACUGAAUCAGAGAUAGACUGUAACAUUAAUACAAAUGUGGAGCUCAAACUGAAUGGCAAUACAACAGAUUUGGACUUUGACUUGAAUAUUGAAACAGAGGAGGGAGAUGACAUCAGCAUUCUAUCUGAGAGGGAAAUUGAUUCAAAGAUGAAGACUGAGAAAGAUGAAGAUGAUGUAGCGGUGGAAGAACAGGAUGAUGAGAAGAAGCCUCUGCUGGUGAUGGAAAGCGAGUCCCCUUUACAAAACCACAAAGUUGCUCCAUGCCUGGAACUCAUCUCGGACCUUCACUCUAACCUCAAGCUUCUUCAGCCCGGCAAGGAUUCUCCAGUGCCACCUCCUCCCUCACUCCCGCGGCAAGCUAGCCCAGAGGACACCCCACUGCUGUCCGUGGCCUCUUGCUCCUCAUCUUCCUCCUCCUCUCCAGAGACGAGGAAGGACAGAAGGACGGGUGCAAAGACGGACUGUGCAUUGAACCGUAUCCAGAAUCUGAACCCCAGUGAUGAAGAGUUGAGCUGGACCACACUGUCCCAGGAGAGCAACUCCCCAGAGGAGCCAGACAUUUGGAGUGAACAAUCAUUCCAGACAGACCCAGACCUGCCUCCAGGAUGGAAGAAGAUCACAGACAUGGCUGGUAUCUACUACUGGCAUAUUCCUACAGGCACCACCCAGUGGGAGAGACCCGCCGCCCACCCAGCCCCACCCGGGCAAACAGAACCCCAGGCUCUGGGCGACUGCACGGCCUCCAUGCCACGCAAACAAUCCCUGAGCUCACUCAGCCCCUCACCCACUCCCGAAUAUGAGUCCUCUCAAGCAGAAGUGUUCUUCAGGGCAUCAACCCGUUCGGGCAGCACCACCUCUGACAGUUCAGUGGAGCCUCUCUCUACACACGAGCCCAUCUUGCCCACAUGUGGAUUUGUCAACAGCUGCUACUUUCCACGCUCAACAUCUCUGCAGGGUAUGCCUGAAAAAGAGCAUCGCUAUCAGGAUCUUGAAGAUGAGGACAAGAAACAGGCGUGGAGUGAUUUUGGCGGAAAGAUUGAUAGUGAGGUGUGGAAGGAUCUACAGGCAGCCACAGUGAACCCUGACCCCAGUCUGAAGGAGUUUGAAGGUGCCACGCUUCGCUAUGCAUCUCUCAAACUAAGGAACCGUCCAACAAUGGAAGAAGAGGAGUCUACUAGUGCGAACAGUGAUCCAGAAGCAAAGUGUUUUGCAGUGCGCUCUCUGGGAUGGGUGGAGAUGGCUGAGGAGGACCUGGCUCCUGGAAAGAGCAGUGUUGCUGUCAACAACUGCAUCAGGCAGUUGUCGUACUGCAAGAACGACAUCCGGGACACUGUGGGCAUCUGGGGAGAGGGGAAGGACAUGUACCUGGUGCUGGAGAACAAUAUGUUGAACCUGGUGGACCCCAUGGACCGUAGUGUCCUUCACUCUCAGCCAAUCGCAAGUAUCCGGGUCUGGGGUGUUGGCCGGGACAAUGGGAGGGACUUUGCAUAUGUGGCAAGGGAUAAAAACACCAGGAUUCUGAAAUGUCAUGUGUUUCGCUGUGACACACCAGCCAAAGCCAUCGCCACCAGUCUGCAUGAGAUCUGCUCCCGGAUAAUGACUGAGCGAAAGAAUGCCAAAGCGAUGGCAGGAGGCUCGCUCCAGGAAAGGAUGCACGCAGGACUAGAGCUCCCUCUACAAGAGUUCCCCACACCAAAGACUGAGCUGGUCCAGAACUUUCAGGUGCUCUACCUUGGGAUGAUGCCUGUGGCCAGACCAAUAGGUAUGGACAUACUGAAUGGGGCUAUAGACAGUCUAAUCGGUUCUUCCAACAAAGAGGACUGGACUCCAGUAGCCCUCAAUGUGGCCGAUGCUACGGUCACCAUAAGCAAAGACAAGGAUGAAGGGGAAGUGCUUGUGGAGUGUCGAGUGCGUUUCCUGUCCUUCAUGGGUGUUGGGCAUGAUGUGCACACGUUUGCCUUCAUCAUGGAUGCUGGAGGUCAUCGUUUUGACUGUCACGUCUUCUGGUGUGAGCCUAAUGCUGGAUGCGUGUCGGAGGCUGUACAGGCAGCCUGUAUGCUGCGGUACCAGAAGUGCUUGGUGGCUCGACCUCCCUCCCAGAAGGCCUGUGGCUCGUCGCCCUCCAGUGACUCUGUGUCCCGUCGCGUCUCUACCAGCGUGAAGAGAGGGGUACUGUCUCUCAUUGACACCCUCAAACAGAAGAGACCAGUCACUGAGUUGCCACAGUAACCGUAAUAAAACACUGUCAACCUCUGGCACAAUUAGCAGUCACCGUGGUAACUAGUUGCAUUGCUGCCAAAACUCAUCGCCAAAUAGAUCCCGGUAACCAUAGAAACACAGCAAUGCCCCAGGGGUUGGGAAGUUCUGUCACCAUUUUUUUAAUUGAUUUUGUUUUUGCUUUUUGAGCAAUUUUAGAUUCCACUUCCACAAGAGUUUAUCAGCUCUUGAAUACUGUAAUAACUGAGCUAAAGACUCUAGUUCAACAUCAAGAAUGAAGAACCAGGUGAAACACCUAAAUAAUGAUAGUAAAACUGUUGAUGUACAUAGAUCCCAUUCCCCUCAGCACAGCCAAGAAGAGAGGAAAACCCCAAAUAGGAAAUACUCCUACUUCACUUACACAUGCGCAGCAUGUGUGUGAGGAGUGGGCUCAUUUUGCCCACACAGCUGAUCCCUCCAUGCUCCUAGUGUAAUUGUGUCCGUGCCUGUACUGCCAGCAUGACCUUGCUCACCUGGCCACACCCCUGUCACUCACCUAGUUGUCCUGUACCUCUACCAUCAGUAGGCUGUAACAUAUAAAGCUAAUAGAAUGAAGGAAUCAUAAAAACCAUGUGUCUGAUCUUCACAUCAGUAAAUAUCUAUAGAGCGCUGGCUGUGAGGUCACGCACUCAACCUGUUUAACUGAUCUUGCAUGAACCUUUUAUAUUAAAGUAAGUCAAUCUAGACAGUGUCACUGCUGCUGCUGCUUUCAGAGAUUGAAGGAGUAAGAAAUCUGAAGCCACAUUGAUUAUUCUGUCUUCUUAGCUCUUUGUUUCUCAUCAACUGUGCAAAACGCAGCCUGGAGGGACUAGACGAGUGGUGAACUUUCACCUGAAACAAUCUUCAUGUGUUUUCGGUUUUCGUCUUUUGUUAUUCCUCGGAAAAGACAGAUAAUAGCCAUAAUAGAGAGGUAGACGUGGGGACAAACAGCGCAGCCCCCACGCUGCUCUGCUCCUCUGCUUUCUGGUAUUACAGAGCUUCGCCGCCGCCACUGCUCUUUGAUACACAACCUGGAGGAAAUUUGACGGAUUACUCCUUUAAGUCCCACCAUGUAAACUAAUAAAAGGGGAUUGAUGACAGAAUGCCUGGAGGAAGGAAAUGAGAAGAUUGGAGGAAUGUGCUUUUCUACCUGGAUAUGGUUGCAGUGAAUUGGAUGAUCAACUCUGGAGGUGAAAAAGGACUGAAUGACUUUAUUGCCAGUCUUGUUGGUUUAGAGGAAAGACAACAGCAGGACACACUGGGCUUGUUCUGGAAUGUUUGUCUUUCUCCAGGGUUCUGUUCUCUUGAAUGCUUCUCUUUUUUUCCAUCACCUGCUGCUUACUGUAAAUCUGUUUUUUUUUGUUGUUGUUUUUUUUAAUUUGUAAAAUUGCUUUUAUUUUUUUGGUUGUUUGGUUUCCUACAAAUCUCAAUUACUCAUUUCUAGCUUCUUAUCAAACUAGGAUAUAUUCUGAUAAGGUUUCUUGGAACUAAAAUGAUGGGUCCACCCACACAUCUCUGUUGGAUCUGCUGCAGCUGCUAAACAUCUCAACUAUUAGCUAAACCUCCAAAAAAUAGUAGCAUGCCCCCUUAACUAGUGUCCUGCCUAAACUAGUUCCCAUUACUUCCAGGGGCAGGAAGCAUGUGAGUUAGUGCAGUCUCUCCAGUUUGUGCUCCACAUCAAUGUAAACAUUCUAGUCAAAUGUACCUGGGAUGUUUGAAAAGACCUAAUCAUUACUUACAAACAUCUGGGGGGUAAUAACUGACCUCUCAGCUUGUCAGCGCAGCGAGACGAGUGUGACCGACCUGAACAGCAUGCGUCUGUAAUCACCCUCCAGUCUGUUAGAAAUGUUAGCACAUCGUUCUAUAACACAAGGGCUAAUGAUGCUCCACAUUAGUGUACAGGCAGUGUUUAUAUGUGUUUUGUUUGUGUUGAAGCUACAUUAUCAGCAGAUGGCGAGCAUGCUGACUGCCCCCUUACAAUGGCUGCUGACAGCCGCUGUUGACAAGUUUAACUAAUGUAAACAGAGAAUGAACAAAUUAGGAAAUGGUUCCAUCUGUACACAUGAGUUGGCUAUUGAACCAUCACAGGUAACUGAAUAAGGAGCUAGGAGGGUCCUUGAGAUUUUAUCACCUCACCCUUUUUUUUCGUCACAAAGAUGAUAAAAUGUGAAUGAGAAGAUUUGUGUACAUAAAACAAACUAUGAUGUAACAUUAGGUAUUAAUCGUGGUUAUAAGCUAUGCUUUGAUUUCUGAAUGUCUUUCAGUUUCCUGUUUCUUUCUUGAAAUGAGAUGCCUUUUUUGAGAAUUCACCAAAUGGCCAAAGUGUAAAUUACUGAUUAUACAUUCUUGUAGAUAAGAAACAUAUGAGAGCAAAUAAUGAAAACCGUUGAGGGGAUAGAAACAUUUUACAGUUGUCAGUUAAGUUGAUACUGAGUUUAACUGAGCAAUUAUCUAUGCAUUCUUUUAAUCUCACAAAACUGAAAGUAGUAAAAGCCUUGCAUGCCCUUGGAUUGUUGAAAGAACGACUGUAUGUACUGAACAGAAAUAUUUUUUAUUUUAUUUAUUCUAUUUUAUAAAGGUAUAUACUGAUUUUGUUAGCCGAGGAAAGUAAAAUCUAUGAACUCUGUCAUUGUCUUGGUCCCUGGUUGAAUCACAAAGCUCCACUUUGCAGCAGAAGGCAGAUAAAGGAAUAAAUGUUCACUUUGUACAGUGCACUGAGAUCUGGGAGUGUCCUGCUGGUCUGAACAAGAUCUAUGAUGAUGAUGAUGAUGACAAUAACAGCAGCACCCUCCCAGUGUCUCUGUCAAACUCACACAUACAGUAUAACCAACACACACACGCACACAUUUCCCACAGAUGGGUGUGUUAGCUUCCGUUUGCUGCUCACGGAUUUGUACACGUUAUAAAUGUAACCAGUGGUCAGAAUAAACAGCAUAAUAACA